GAGGCCCCGGGCACCUUGGGCAGAGCCAGAGCGGCAGGAGCCCGAGUGCGGGCGCCCUGCCUUGGGGAGCGCCCGCCGUCUGGGCUGAGCGCAGCCUCAGCCGCUGCAGCCAGUGCCGGCGCCUGCCUUCGGUGCGCUGCUCAGGGGAAGACCGGGGCCGCCGGAGGCGCGAGCCACCGGCUCUUCGCCAACCCGGGAGCUGCCGCGCUACUCCUGGCGCCCCAGCAGGACCCGGCCGGACCUGCCAUCUGCGUCCGGCUUGCACCAUGGAUCCUUCGGAGAAGAAGAUAUCUGUGUGGAUCUGCCAGGAGGAGAAGCUGGUGUCCGGCCUCUCCCGCCGCACCACUUGCUCGGACGUGGUGCGGGUGCUGUUGGAGGACGGCUGCCGGCGGCGACGGAGGCAGCGUCGGAGCCAGCGGCGCGGGACGGCCAGCACCCCGCCAGGCGCGGGGGAGCUGCCUGAACCCCAGGACGAGGACGACGAGGACGACGACGAGGCGCUGCCGCAGGGCAUGCUGUGCGGGCCCCCGCAGAGCUACUGCAUCGUGGAGAAGUGGCGCGGCUUUGAGCGCAUCCUGCCCAACAAGACACGCAUCUUGCGCCUCUGGGCCGCCUGGGGCGACGAGCAAGAAAACGUGCGCUUCGUGCUGGUGCGCAGCGACGCGUCGCUGCCCAAUGCCGGGCCCCGCAGCGCCGAGGCGCGCGUCGUGCUCAGUCGGGAGCGACCCUGCUCGGCCCGGGGGGCUCCGGCGCGGCCCAGCCUCGCCAUGACCCAGGAGAAGCAGCGGCGGGUGGUGCGCAAGGCCUUCCGCAAACUGGCCAAGCUCAACCGGCGGCGCCAACAGCAGCCGCCGUCGUCCUGUUCUUCCACUUCGUCGUCCACCGCCUCGUCCUGCUCGUCGUCACCGCGGGCCUACGAGAGCGCGUCGGUGGAGCGCAUGGAGACGCUGGUGCACCUGGUGCUCUCCCAGGACCACACUAUCCGCCAGCAGGUGCAGAGGCUGCGGGAGCUGGAUCGCCAGAUCGACCGCUACGAGGCCAAGGUGCACCUGGACCGCAUGCGGCGGCACGGGGUCAACUACGUGCAGGACACCUACUUGGUGGGGGCCGGCAUCGAACUCGAAGGGACCACCCCGGGAGGGGAACCCGAGGAGGUGGCGGCGGCGCAGGAGGCUGCGGCAGGGGCGGCGGCCCUGGAUGGCGAGGCGCAGACGGCGGCGCUCGAGGAGCUGGCCCGGCGUUGCGACGACCUGCUGCAGCUGCAGGAGCAGCGGGCCCAGCAGGAGGAGUUGCUGGAGCGCCUCUCCGCCGAGAUCCAGGAGGAGCUGAACCAGCGGUGGAUGCAGCGGCGCCAGGAGGAGCUGGCGGCGCGGGAGGAGCCCCCGGAGGCCCCCAGCGGCCCGGACGGCGAGCUGCUGCUCGAGCAGGAGCGGGUCAGGACGCAGCUCAGCACCAGCCUGUACAUCGGGCUGCGGCUCAAUACGGACCUGGAGACCGUCAAGUCGGACUUGGAUUACAGCCAGCAGCAGUGGGACAGCAAGGAGCGUGAGCUCCAGGGCCUUCUCCAGACUUUGCACACAUUGGAGCUGGCGGUGGCGCCGUGCGGGGCUCCCGGCUCGGGCGCACCCGCGCGGGAACCCCCCCAGCCUCAGGCCUGCGCCGAGGUGUGGGUGGACCAGGCCCGCGGGAUGGCCAAGAGUUGUCCAGGCAACGACGAGGACUCGGACACCGGGCUGAGCUCGAUGCACAGCCAGGACUCGGACUCGGUGCCGGUGUGCGAAUCCCUCGUGUGAGAGAACAAGGGCGGCGGGCGGGCAGGGACGCUGCUCCCUUCCUUGCAGCGUGCACCGGCCGGGCCGGCUCGGGGACGGAAAGCCGGCUGGGGUGAGCCGGGAGCUGCCCCGGUCCUACUGGGCGGGGGAGGGCUGGGGACGCCUGCCUGGCAGGGGCGCUUCUCUGGCGCCCGGGGUCAGUGUGGGGGUGGGGGGCGUGAGGACGAGGAGUCUGGAUCUCCAAUCCAAGCUCUUGGUAGGGAAGGAGUGGGUGGGAGGUGGAGGUGAGAACCUCCUGUACUGGAAACCCAGCGCCGCGAGGAAACUGACGUGGUCCGAGCCCAUUUUCACAAAAGCAAAAAAAGUAUUAGAGAGAUUUCAUCACUUUUCUGUACGGGAAGCACUGAUGGCAGCUAGAACUUUGGUUUGUGGCUUGAGGUGCUCUUACACGAAACACUUGGAUGAGAAGGAAAUUCCCUGAAUGUUAAUUGUGACUGUAAACGUGUUAAAACUAGCCGAAGAGGACGCACUGGUGUUGGUCUCAGCCUUACUUACAUCUUUGUUGCAAUCCAUAGGCACCCAGAUCUUGGCUGUUUACAUUUCUGCACAUUUGGGGAUUACCCAUCUACUAACUCAUUUGCCUUUUAUUUUCUUUCAAAAGCUAAGCCGUAUGGCAGUGGAAGCCUUCCUCCACCUUAGUAAAUACUAUAUAUGUUAGAGCGGGACCCUUUCCCCCAAAUAACCUUUUAUUAAUACAAAAGCCAAAUCCAACCCUUUUGAGAGAUACAAUCCUGGCAAGCAUAAUCCCUGGUUAAAGUUUAAUCGGGGACCUUUGGGGUCCCUCCCUACGAAGACAGGUGUGUGCCCCUUUAAUUCUGACUUAAUCACUAUUUCAGAAAAAAAUUGCAGAGUUCACAUUAUGCACAGCUUCAUUUGCUGUUUUGUAAGCACUGUAGUGUAAGAGUGGAAAGCAAAGCUCUUUGUCAGUGGUCAGCUUUUAAAGUGAACUGUACGAUUAAAACCAACCACAACCUCAACAGCUUCUUAGCCAAACACAAACCUCACUUCUCUGUCUGUAGUCAGAGACUGAUCUCUUGUUUAACCUUGAGAUAGUGUAAAUAUCAGGGCUGGCUAGAUAAGGUGUGAAAAUAAAAUAGAACAGUUUCACAGUACACCUUGGGAGAACCAGGAGAUCGACAACAGCGUGUAACCAUGGAUAAAAGCAUAUAAAAGUGAGCUAAGGCCUCGAAUCACUCGUCUGGUACACAUCUGUGCACGCGCCAGGAAAUGCAAGGGGCACUCUCUCAGUAGCUGGUCAUAGCUGGUAGGAACUCAGUGUUAAUUGUUCCAAGGAUUUCAAUGAAAACUUAUCAGAUGUAGCUAGUUGUUGGCCCCAUGGAAGGAGCCUGCUGGCCCAUUUCCCUCUGGAGCUCAGGACUUGUGUGCGUGUGGGAUCUAAUCUCUCCGGAGGAGGAAUUAACAAUGAGGUGUGUGUGGUGCCGGCUGGUGCAGGAGCCUGGUGUCACCUGUGGCUCCGGUUUCAGCCCGGCACAGGAAGAUCGCUUCAGAGGUCUCGUUGUAGAGAGAAGUCUCUUCCCUUGCAGACUUUCUCUGCUUGUUGCUGGGAGCUUUGCCCUGCUGACCUUCUCCGGCCCCCACCAGCCCCGCCAGCACCGCUGCCCUGGUGUCACGACACCUGGAAAAGUGUUCUGACUGCCAACUAAAAUGGGAAUGAAAAGGCUGUUCUCUUAAUUGCUGCUUUCCAAAAACAUUACCUGGCAUAAUUACAGUUUUUUAGUUUGGUCUGGAGCAGAAAAUAUCGAUGUAUUUGGUUUUUUGAGCGUGAUGAAAGUGAGACAGGGACCAAAAGAAAGCCCCUGGCCCGGGACAGUCAUUUGAUCCCAGAGACACAGAGCCCAAUGCGAGCUUUCAUUUUUGAGGCAGAGGUACAAUCCCCAGUAGAGUGUGACAAAUGCUGCUUACCUGAUGGUUUAUGCUGGCGAUGAGCUGACCUGGUGGUUUUGAAAUUAUUGUGCUUUCUCCCCCGACCCUGCGGGGUGGGCAGGAUAGGCUGUUGGAUGUUUAUUAGCUUAAAGAAGAACACAGAAGUUGGCAGAACAGGACUGCCUGGCAGAAAGGGACUGUGUUUCUCUUCGCUGUUAUGAUUUUAAACUUUGAUGGGCUGCUGACGUCAGCAAAUAUGCCUGAAGUCUGUAAAGCAAAUAAACCACAUCACAGGGAGAAGGCCUGUGGGAGUUUCUGGUGUGCUGUUUCUAGAACCUUCCCUGUGCCGACAGACCAGCUGAAGGUGCUUCUCCAGUCAGCUCUCAGGCAGCCAGGCCGGCCGUCCCACCAACAAAGGGCACCCAAUCUGGCCAUUUUUCCAUUCAUCCAAAUCAAUUAUCCUCCCAGAAGGCACUCUGUGUGGGUAGGAGGAGGGUGAGUGGGGGCUGGAAGGAGCGGGGGAGGGGGAGAGAGAGGGAGACAAUAGUUCUUUUUGCUAAGAACUUUUGCAAGCCUGGGAAAGGCGCAGUGCAGGUAUAAAAAGCACCAAGACAGGGUCUGUGCAUACGCGGUGCUUAAUAAAUGCUAACUAUUUCGGAUUUCCACUCACAUUUGUAAUACUGUGGCCUUUAGAAUGAAUGCAUGGCAGUGAAUGCACCAGCAUGGGGGUCCAGUGCCCCUGGGCACAGUAACCCUGGGUCUCCAGGCCUAGCAGAAAUCCUGGAGGGAACCAGCAGGCGCUCGGAGAAGAGUAGAAAGUCGGCACCUCACCAGCCAAGCCCAUCCUUUCUUUGGCAUUGAGACAACGUAUUGUCUCUUUUACCUGACUUACUCUAAUCUGGGCCAUCUUCCAAACCAAGAAAAUUCCAUAUGACGUCUCCAUGUGCAUUUACUUCCUUGUAAAAUGUUUACUAUUGCCAUUAUUAUUUGCUGACUAGAAACGUUAUAUACUAUUAUCCCUAGGAUCAACCUAAAAGUAACAUGGAUAAAAAGGAAGAAAAGUCACUCAAGUCUCUGUGAGCAAAAACCCAUCACUACCAUGUUUUGCUGUGUUUCCUUUCAGACCUUUUGAAUUAUGAAGAUUUUAUAUAUUGCUUAUGAUGUAAAAAUAUAGCCUUUUUGAUAAUGUUGCAUAUAUGGUUUUAUACUCAGGUUUGGGCAGACUAUUUGUAAAAAAAUCCAUUGAGCUGGUGGAUGUAGCAUAGUUUAUGUAACCACUCAGGUUUAUCAGGUCAUUCCUAUAUUGUUUGACUACUGUAAAAUAACACAAUAAGUAUCUCUGAGCAUGUCUCUGUUCCCCUAAUUAGACUCCCCACACCUGCCGUAUAAUAGGUUCCCAGGAAAAGAAUUCCCAGGUAAAAGAUACAAAUAUUUAGGGGUUUGGUGCUUACUGCCAAACUGCUUUUCAAAAGAUUUGUUCUAAUUACAGUCAGUCAUGCACGAGAAUGCCACUUUCACCACAGCUUGGCUUUCAUUGGAUGUUAUAUUUUGUUAAGAAAAUAUUUAAUCAAAAUUAGUUAAUUCUUGUGGCCUCAGGAAGCCAGGGCUGGCGGUCACUGACUUACAAUAUGCUUCCAGCAACAAAGACAGCUGAUUAGAGGUGUGGUGAGGAUGGGGGUAUUCUUUCCUUGCCUGGUUUUUCUUCCUGACCCUGUGUAGUAGGAAUCUGUUCCUAUCAGAAUUGGCCAAUGAUAGGCAAGUACGAGGGUAAAAACUCCACAUGUGUAGGACUAAGGAGCUGAACAGGACAGCCAGAUUCAUGAAAAGAACACGCUCGUUAUCCUUUUCAUCUUGAGUCCAGAAUAAGUUAUUCUUGGGAGGUAAUGCUGUAAAACGUAUUUGAUCUUGUACUUCUCCCUACCCACCCCUAUCAAAAAUUAAUUCAAAAUAAAAUAAACACAUAAACCCAGUCCUUUA